UCAACCAAAUAAAUAUUUCGUGUUGUCCUUUCUCACAGUUUAGUAUGUGCCCCUGUUAUAACCUAAGGAUCAAUGCAAUGUUCAGAGAGGGAGGAGUUGUAAUUGUUGUGCUUGUGCUGUGCACAGUCAUUGCGCACUGUGAACUUUCGUCGCAGCAAGGAGAAGAAUUUUGUCUAACCAAAAAAGAGGGACUAACAUGUGUUUUACCAGAACACAUUCUGAAUGAUACUAUCAUACUCGAGUUUGCUGCGGGCCAGAAUGUCCAGAUCACACCAAGCAAUGCUUCUGGAGACCGUAUCUGCAUUUGGACCCAUGGAGUCGACGUCUUACACAGGCUUGAAAAUCGUUUCAUCAUCUCUGAGGAUCAUUCUGGAAGUUACACCCUGGUAUGUGAGAGGAACGCCAUCAAGUCCUCAUGCACCAUCUCUUUAUUAGUCCGACCAGCACAUAGAAGCCCCACAAUACCACAAAUACAUCUUAAAUUGAGACCAAAAGGCUUCAAUCCUGACUUCCAGUGUGUCUCAGAAGGCUAUCCUGCACCAGACCUUUCAUGGUUCAACAGCAACGCAGAGAAACAUUAUGGGAAAAAAGGAGAAUUUCAGUCAAAGCAGAAUACCAGAACAGAAGAUAUUGUAAAAAGUAGAAGAUAUCCUCAAACAGCGGUUAUGUGCUGCGCAAAGAACAGCCAAGGAGAACAAUGCUCUCAGAUAUUGGAUUAUGACAUGGACAAAAGCUUUAGUUUGGAUGAGGCUCCUGAGGUGACUCUGAGGCCUGGCCAAUCCCUGCUGCUUCGCUGUAGAGCGAAGAAAGAUGGCGGGAGUCGGUGGCUGACAAACACAUCCAUCUGUACUGGAAAAGAACAGGUUUGCAAAGGAGGCUAUAACUAUCCUCAAACAUUUGCAAGUUUCCUGUAUUUUAAAUCUAUCAAUGUGAACAACACUGGCAUCCACACCUGUAUGGCUGACAACGGUAAAACCAAGUUUGUUCGUGUCCAAGUGUUCGAUGGGGAGUUCAUUCAUGUCCAGGCCAGGGAGAACAUCACCAUCACAACUCAGCAGGAACCAAAGUUCUGCCUGCAGGCCGAGGUCUCCUCUGCCCCAGCUCUCCAUCGCUGCUAUUGGCUGGGCCCAGACGGGAAGUAUACCUCAUGCCCCAAGCCCAGUAACCUGUGGAUGAACAGUACUCCAAAGCUGUGUGGUGUUAGUCCAGGGGUGUACCAUCUCCACCUAGAGGCAGGAGGACAGAAACAAACAAAGACCAUGUCACUGUGUGUGUCAGGUUCUCCAGUCAUACACCUCAAUAAGAACGGAGAGAAUGUUACCUGUGAGACCAAUAUGGCCCUCCCUAUGACACUGACGUGGAAGUCCUGCCCUCUAAGUAAUAACAGUUGUCGCUUCGAGUCAGAUUCUGCCACCUGGAAGGAGAUCAGCGCCUCUUCUUUGCCUCAGUACUUUGACUCAGACCAGUUCUGUCACAAGAGGGUCCUCAGCUCUCUGAAUUGGACCAGUGUGACAGGCUUCAUUGUCAAGUGCUGCAUCGCAAACUCUGUCCAUUCCCAAUGCAGCAGCCAGCUUCUCCAUUUGAACCAGCCUUUGAUUCAACAUUCAACAAAACAUAAAACAAUUCCCAGCUCUCCUCUCCUGAGGGUGUGCAGUCUGGUGCUGUUUGUUGCUCUGACGGUGGUCACCAUUGCUCUCAUGUAUUUCAUCAGGAAAAAGAAACCACAGUACGAGAGCAAGCUGCAGAUGAUUCAGAUGGUUGGACCCAAUGACAAUGAUUACAUCUACAUCAGCUUCAAAGAUUUUGAAUACGACCAAAAGUGGGAAUUCCCAAGGGACAACUUGGAGCUAGGGAACGAGCUGGGCUCUGGGGCGUUUGGCAUGGUGGUUCAGGCUACAGCCUACGGUUUAAGCAAGCCAGAUGUCUCUCUUCAGGUUGCGGUCAAAAUGCUGAAAGAGAAGCACCAGCUAGUGGAGAAAGAAGCUCUGAUGUCUGAGCUGAAGAUGCUGACUCACAUUGGUCACCACGACAACGUCGUCAACCUGCUGGGCGCUUGCACCAACUCGGGACCCAUCUAUCUGAUCUUCCAGUACUGCUGUCAUGGAGACUUGCUGAACUACAUGAAGACCAACAGGGAGCGCUACCACAAGUCUCUGACAGAGGCCUUCACCAGCGAGCGCUUUAGGUCCCUUUAUCACAAUCUCCAGGGCAAGAGGAGCUCCAGUGAGUUACAAGCGGACACGUAUGUUGUUAUGUCUAACGUUAGCGGCAGCGGGCAGGAGGGCACUGCCCUGCUCAACCUCAACUCAGAGGGGAUCUGUGAGAACUCCGCGGAGACCCAGGAGGAGGGGCAGGCACUGACCCACAACGACCUGCUGAGCUUUGCUUAUCAGGUGGCCCAGGGCAUGGACUUCCUGUCCUCUAAGAAUUGCAUCCAUCGUGAUCUGGCUGCUCGGAACGUGUUGGUGACCCAGGGACGACUGGUGAAGAUCGGGGACUUUGGACUGGCCAGGGACAUCGACAAUGAUUCCAAUUACGUUGUGAGGGGAAAUGUCCGUCUGCCGGUGAAGUGGAUGGCCCCUGAGAGUAUCUUCCAGGGCAUGUACACCAUGCAGAGCGAUGUCUGGGCUUAUGGAAUCCUGCUUUGGGAGAUUUUCUCUCUGGGAGUGACACCAUACCCAGGUGUGAAGGUGGAUAAAAACUUCUAUGUGAUGAUUGAGAGAGGGUUCAAGAUGGAGCAGCCGUACUAUGCCAGUGAUGUUGUGUACAGAGUGAUGUGUAAGUGCUGGGCCCUUGAACCCCGUGAGCGGCCGGUCUUCUCCAAGCUAGUGGCCUUCAUGGACGACCAGAUGACUGACAUGGAAGAAAAGCUAUACCAAAAUAUCUUAGACAAGAACUCCCAUGACUCAUUCUCCCAGAAUGCAUCAGUAAAACUUUCAGCCUUGGACAAAGAGAAGGAGGAUCCACAGGAACUGAACCAGUACUGCAAGACACCCUCUGACCCAGACAACAUGACAUUUAAAGAUCAACAGUUCAAACCACCCAGUGUAGGUCUGAAAUGAUGGCUUGAUUAAUCUUGUGAGAGUGCCUUUCAAGGAUUAAAAACAUUGAUGAGUAAUUUAUGUAAUAACUUAUGUCAACAUAUGUAGAACAUACUUUAGUAUAACCCAUUUUGUAGGAUUUGAGUGUUGUUGUGAAUCAACGAUACACUGAUAACCUGAUGUUAUUUUUGUCUUUUUAUAAGAUCAGUUCAGUACGUCAGCUUUUUAUAGUCGUAUAAGUGACCUUAUUAAUCGGUUAAGUUGUACAAUGAAGAUAUUUUCAAUUAUACUUUAUGAUUUUGUUGUAUUGGCUACCUAGUUACUUUUGGGGCUAUCAAAUGUAAUAAUUUAUACUUUUGCCUGAAAUAUAAAGUUUCAUGAAGUAAUGUACAUAAAUGUUUCUACACUGUUUCUACAUUUCCAAUGUCUUUUUAUAAUUUUAAGUGCCUGUUUUUAUUGUCUUAAAAUAAAACUAUAAAAAAUA